AAGAUGUGUUCCACAAACCCAGGUAGCUGGGUCACCUUCGACGAUGACCCUGCUUUUCAGUCUUCUCAGAAGGCAAAGGAGUUUCCUCUGGAGACCCAAGGUGUUUGCAGACCAAAUGGGCUAAAGCUGAACCUGCCUGGCCUCAGGGACCCUCCUAGUGGCUCCUCCUCCACCAGCAGCACCCCCCUGUCCUCUCCCAUGGUUGACUUUUACUUCAGCCCCGGACCACCAAGCAACUCUCCUCUUUCUACACCCACCAAAGACUUCCCAGGGUUCCCUGGCAUCCCCAAAGCAGGGGCUCAUGUGCUUUAUCCCAUCCCAGAAUGUUCCUCCAGCAGUCCCCCCACAACCACGGGAGUAGUAGGUCCUUCGUCAUCACUUACUAAACCAACCUGCUCACUCCAUGCACCACCACCACCUACUGACCACUCGUGCACUCAGCUGACUCCCAAAGGCAGUCUCGCAGAGGAUGCCAGCCCCCAGCAGGCCCGAAGCGAGGCUCUGCAGUUUGAGUAUUUUCAAGAUGACUGUGCUUUUUCCAACCCAUUUUGGAAAGAUGGAGGUAGCACUUCUCAGUUCCCCUUUGAAUCCCUGGCAAACAGAAAGCCUUUCUCACCGAGGGACAAGGAGAUGCCCAUCGACCAAAAAAGCCUAAACCAAUGCUCACUCAACUACAUCUGUGAGAAGCUUGGACACCUGCAAUCAGCAGAGACCCAAGACCCUCUUGCAAAUUUGUCUGUGCAGAGUCCAUACGCCGGAGACAACGUCUCUUUUGUCCCGCACACGCUCUUCCGGAGUCAGCCCAAAGCUGGUUGGUCCUUUAUGUUGAGGAUUCCCGAGAAGAAGAACAUGAUGUCUUCCCGGCAAUGGGGACCCAUUUUCCUGAAGGUUCUACCAGGAGGGAUUCUGCAGAUGUUUUAUGAGAAGGGGCUGGAAAAGCCAUUCAAAGAAUUCCAGCUUGAUUCACAUUGCAGGCUUUCUGAGCCCAAACUUGAGAACUUCAACAUGGCGGGAAAAAUCCACACUGUGAAGGUGGAACAUGUGUCGUACUCGGAGAAAAGGAAAUACCAUUCUAAGACAGAGGGGGCGCACGAGCCUGAGGUAGACCAGAUGCUGAAGUUGGGGACCACCGAGUACUGUGACUUUCUUGAGUUCCUGACGACUGUGGAGGAGGAGUUGAUAAAGCUGCCGCCUCUUGCAAAACCAAAGAAGAACUACGAGGAACAAGAAAUUUACCUGGACAUCGUGGACAACUUUUGGGGUAAAGUUACCAAAGAAGACGGGAAAUUGGUUGAAAGUGCCGUGAUAACUCAGAUCUGUUGCCUCUGCUUUGUCAACGGGGCGGCGGAAUGCUUCUUGACCUUGAACGACCUUGAGCUCCAGAAACGAGACGAACGCUAUUUUGAGAAGGAUCCAGACAAAAGGGGAAUUGAUAUUCUUAACUACCAUUUCCACGCGUGCGUGAAAGCUGAAGAAUUCGAACGCUCCCGAAUCAUUAAGUUCGUACCGCUGGAUGCUUGCCGGGUUGAGCUGAUGCGGUUCAAAACCCCGUACGAAAGGGACGAGCUUCCCUUUUCAGUGAAGUCCAUAGUGGCUGUCCAGGGGGCAUAUGUGGAACUUCAGGCCUUUGUCAACAUGACGCCAGCAGCUCAGAGGGCACCCCAUGCCGGUUCCUUGAGGUGCUGUGACGACAUCACGAUUCACUUCCCUGUCCCAGCCCAGUGGAUCAAGGUCCUCUGGACCAGGAACCUUCAGAGGCAGAAGUCCUUGAAAGCCAAAAUGAACCGUCGGGCAUGUCUGGGGAGUUUACAGGAACCUGAAUCCGAACCCGUCAUUCAGGUCACCGUGGGGUCAGCAAAAUAUGAGAGUGCCUACCGGGCUGUGGUGUGGAAGAUAGACCGACUUCCGGACAAAAACUCAAGUCCUGAUCAGCCCCAUUCUCUGUCAUACAAACUAGAACUUGGAUCAGACCAGGAGGUUCCCUCGGACUGGUACCCAUUUGCAACUGUCCAGUUUUCAGUGCCUGACACCUGUGCCUCAGGGACAGAGGUGAGGUCUCUGGGAGUGGAGAGCGACGUCCAGCCUCAGAAGCAUGUGUGUCGGCGAGCUUGCUACAACAUCCAGCCCAAACUCUACCGAUCUGUCAUUGAAGAUGUAAUCGAGGGCGUGCGGGACCUUUUUGCUGAGGAAGGCGUCGAGGAGCAGGUGUUAAAAGACUUGAAGAAGCUCUGGGAAACCAAAGUUUUACAGUCUAAAGCAACAGAGGACUUCUUUAGAAAUAAUGUGCGGUCACCUGUGUUCACCUUUCAGCUGCCGCAUGGCUUACCACCAACACUGCAAUCCACAGCCUCGUUGCUAAUCCCAGCUGGUAGAACUCUCCCAAGUUUCACUCCAGAAGACCUGAACACAGCCAGCUGUGGUGUCAACUUUGCCUUUCCUGGCUAUCCGAUUCAUGUCCCAGCAGGCAUGACCCUGCAGACAGCAUCUGGUCACCUUUACAAAGUCAAUGUACCAGUCAUGGUGACACAGACUUCUGGAAGAACAGAAAUUCUCCAGCACCCAUUUCAGCAAGUCGUUCAGCAGCUUGGGCAGCCUUCAAUACUGCAGACCACUGUCCCACCUUUGCACACAUGUUCUCUUCAAGCAGCUACUGAGAAAUCCCACAGAAUGGAAGCUGUGCUACAGCAGCCUGCCAUUCUGCAUUCUGCCCCAGUCGACAGGAAACGCUUAGAAGAUGCUGCUAGCGAGAGGCGUGUGGUCCCUGGAAAUGAGCGUAAGACUGCGCCCGAGGCUGUGCUGAGGCCACAGGAGAGCUCUCCAUACUUCAGCCUUCCGGGUGUAGGGUUUCCUCCUCAGGUCGCUCUAACGGAGUCUAGCCUGGAGCCAGUGCUUGGUGUCUCCGCAAACCUGACCCAGAAUCUGCACAGUGGUCCUUUCCCCCAGGGCCCUCAGGGCACUCCCCACCAUCACAUGCUUGACGUACAGCUCCACGGCCUUAAAGAUAGGAUGUGUGGAUGUGACUCUAUACAGCAGCUGAGAAAGAUGGAGGAGCCCGGCAGCAUCCCUGCUGCAGAGAAGAAUUCUACUUCUGAGAUGGACCUGAAUAUUCAGGUAACCGAUGAUGAUAUCAAUGAAAUAAUUCAAAUAGAUGGAACUGGCGAUAACUCUUCAACGGAAGAAGUGGGGAGUAUAAGAGAUGUAGAUGAACACGAAUUCCCAGGGAUCGUUGAUGCAGGCGACCUCAAGGUGCUUGAGGAGGAAGCCGAUAGCGUGUCAAAUGAAGAUUCAACUGCAAACAGCAGUGACACUGAGGACCGUCAAGUAGACAUCAUAGAGGAGGAUCCUCUAAAUUCUGGAGAUGAUGUCAGUGAGCAGGAUGUGCCAGACCUGUUUGACACAGAUAAUGUAAUUGUCUGUCAGUAUGAUAAGAUUCACCGGAGCAAGAACAAAUGGAAAUUCUUCUUGAAAGAUGGUGUUAUGUGCUUUGGAGGGAGAGACUAUGUGUUUGCCAAAGCCAUUGGUGAGGCCGAGUGGUAGGCAGUAGGAGUUCGGAACAUCAGCUCUGUGAGCCUACGUGGGACUAGUAUAUUGUAUGUUUA